CACACAGAGAGAAAGAAGAGAGAUAGACACAAGACAAAGAGAAGAGAAGAACACAAAACAAAGAUAGAAACACAGAGAGAAAGAGAGGAGUGUAUACAGAGAACCAAUACCAUCAUCAUCACCUCCUCUCAACUACUCUAUAGAGAGAAAAAAACCAAAGCUUUAAACACCAGUCUUCAACAUCAUGGAGGAGAAGAAGAAGAAGCAACCUUCAUCUCCUCUGUCAAACUAACUCUUCAAAGUUUCCAUCUUUCCCUCUGUUUUCAAUAAUCAAUCUUGAAAGCUUGGAUCUUUGCAACUCCCAAGAAGAAGAAGAAGAAGAAGAAGAGAGAUCUGGUUGGAGGGAGUGGGAGUUAGUGUAUGUAGGAGAAGAAAGGAGAUAGAUGAAGGGGAUGCCCUUCAAUCUCCAGACAAAAGGGGUUGGAGAAGAAGAAGUAGGAGGUGCCAUUGGAGGAGGAGGAGGAAGAGGAGGAGCUCGAGGAGCUCUUCUUCUCACUGGAGUUAAGAGAAGCAGAGGAGAGUUAGAGCCAAGAUCGGUGCUGGAUCACCGGAGAAGUCCUAGUCCUCCAACCUCCACUUCCACACUGUCUUCCUCUCUCGGAGGUGGCGUUGCCUCCUCCGACCACCCUCCUGAUGUAUUCCCUUCCGAAAUCUCCGAGAAAGUCACCAUCUUGCACACCACCACCUCCGCCGCCGCUGCCUCCGCCACCGACGACUGGGAUUGCCUCCUCGCUGACCCCUCCUCCACCACCCAAGAACAAACCUUUCUCCGUUGGAUCAUGUCCGACGACCCUUCGUCCUCCUCCCUUCUCGAGCCCUCCUUCUCCUUCGACCCUUUACCCUCCUUUUCAACCACCACCACCACCACCACCACCGCCUCCUCCUCCCCUCCUCCCCCACCACCGCCGCCGCCGCCACCACUCUUCUUCCCGGAAUCCAUGGAAGAGAAACCAAUCCUUUUCUCUCCCUCCCAAACCCCCUCCUUUUUCCACCGUCCUGUGAAACCAAAGCUUGCCGACGAGCUCCAGCAAUCACUUCUCGACCAGCUCUUCAACGCUGCCGAGCUCGUCGAGGCCGGCAAUCUCGUCGGUGCGCGUGGGAUAUUGGCGCGGCUCAAUCACCAACUCCCUUCUUCUCCUUUCGGUAAACCACUAAUCCGCACCUCCUUCUACUUCCGUGACGCCCUCAACCUCCUCCUCCUCUCCCCUUCCCCUCCCCCUCCCCCUCUCUCCACCCCUCUCGACGUCGUCCUCAAGCUCAGCGCCUUCAAGGCCUUCUCUGAAGUCUCCCCCAUCCUCCAAUUCACCAACUUCACCUCCAUCCAAGCUCUCCUCGAAGAGCUCGCCGGCUCUCCCCGCAUCCACAUCAUCGACUUCGACAUCGGCGUCGGCGGUCAGUGGUCUUCUUUCAUGCAAGAGCUCGCUCAACGCCGCCGCUCCGGCGCCUCCUCCCCAUCUCUCAAAAUCACAGCUUUCAUCUCCCCCAACUCCUCUUACCAUCCUCUCGAACUCCAUCUCACUCGCGAGAACCUCUCCCAGUUCGCCGCUGAGCUCCAUAUCCAGUUCGAGUUCAAUGCCAUGAAUCUCGAAAGCUUUGAUCCUGUUUCCAUUCUCGCAAUGUCUCAAGAGGAAGCAAUUGCUGUCAACUUGCCUGUCAGCUCCUCUCUCGGUCCAUCAAUCUCCACCAUUUUCCGGCUUGUCAAGCAGCUCUCCCCCAAGAUUGUCAUCUCCGUCGACCAUGGUUGUGAUCGCAGUGAACUCUCAUUCUCCCGCCAUUUCCUUCAUUGCUUCCAAUCAAGCAUGGUUCUUUUGGACUCCAUUGAUGCAGCUGGAACCACCCCUGAAGUUGCCCAUAAGAUCGAACGCUUUUUGCUUCAGCCGAGGAUCGAGAGUGCUGUGCUUGGUCGACAUCGUUUCGUAGAAAAAAUGCUAACUUGGCGUUCCCUAUUUGUAUCCACUGGCUUUGUGCCAUUGCCAUUCAGUAAUUUUACUGAAACUCAAGCUGAGUGUCUGCUCAAAAGGGUGCAGGUUCGAGGAUUUCAUGUCGAAAAGCGGCAAUCUUCACUCUAUCUGUAUUGGCAGCGCGGCGAGCUUGUGUCUGUAUCGGCUUGGAGGUGCUGAGGAUCGAAGAGCUCAGCUUAUCUGUUCUGUGUUCGAUUACGUGGCUGAUUGUUCUUAGACUGAUCGGUUCUUCUUCUUCGUAGGAAAAAAAAAAAGAAGUAAUUUACAAAGUCUCUUAAGGUCUGGUACAGAUUUAGUUGAUCUUGUUUCUGUGUUUUGGCAACAUGUGAGAAGAAAUUGUUGCAUGUCUAUGGCUAUUGUAUUACACUUAACUUUGUGGACAACAUUCGGUGAAAACCUUUUUAACAAACGACCAAAUCUUUGAAGUUAA